AUGAGUAAACCUCACAGAGGAUCAGAUAGGGUUGACCAUGAAGAGAAGAAUGGAAGGGGGAACAAUGUCGAGGAUUAUAGCGACGGUGGUGGUGAUGUAUACCGAGAGGUAGAAAAUGAAGGCGAAAGGUAUACGGAGGUAAUAGAAGAGAUGACCGGCAGCUUGAGAAGGGCUUCAAGUUUUAGCUCCUUAUCGAGAAGAGGCCUCGAAAAAGAAAUAAUUCGGGACUCUGGAUUCGCCUACGAUCAUGAAAUCCACGGACAUAUUUCCAACGCCGCUACCCGGAAGAUAUCGAACAGCGAUCAAGCCUCAUCGAUUGGAAGAUCCCCUUCUCCUUCCACUUCGGACCGAAGGAAUAGUACCUCUUCUUCAUUACAGAGUUUUGAGACCUCCAUUGAUAAAGUCGAGCAAGGUUUUUCUUCGGGAUCCUGUGCGGAGGAUUUGACCAUCGAAGAGACAUCUCACAAUUCAUAUUCUCUCAUCACAGGCCUCUCAAGCUUCGACAAGUCAUUGCGCUCUGAAUCUGCCAAUUCAGUAGGAGAAAAACAGUUGGAGACCUCAUCAGUGGCACAAACGACACUAAUGAGCCCUGCUUUCUCCAUCUCCAGCAAUUCUCGCAGGCUCAUUCGCUCAUUUUCAUCCUUUGAGACACCUCAGUUCCCGGAACUAGGUGCAGAAACCCCCACGGAUAUUUCGGUACAGGUACUCCCCGACGAUAAUGAAAAUCGAGCUGGUACAGGUGAUGCAGAGAUCCACGCACGUGAUGAGCUUUCUGGUGCAUCCAGAUCUUAUGGCCGUGGGGUUCCUGUAAGCAUAGUGCAUAGGCACUCUGCACAUGGGGAAACCGUUUGUGCUGUUCCAGCGGAGGAGGGGGAGAUGUUUGAGAGUGCUGGCAAGAAAGAUAACAGAGUGAAAUGCAGCACCUACGUUGAGAAGCUUAGAAGAGGGGAAGAUCCAAGAUUAGAAAAUAACUUCCGCCAUUUUGAUACGCCAGAAAUAUCGGUCCGCAGGAUGAUUGUCUUUGGAAGCCACGCUGUAAAUUCAGACUCAGACAGGAGCUUCAGUGAGGACCUAGGAUCAAUGACCAUCCCAAGUAUUCCACGUGCUUUUCUAUGCCUCAAAUAUCCCGCAAACAGCGCCUGA